CUUGCUAGCAGUCGCUCACAUGACGCUAGUGUUUCUGCUGCGGUUACGAGAAACUAAACAAAUCUGACCUACUGCGUUUAUCAGAUGUAGAUUUGGCACAGCGGCAGUUCAAAGCGGCCUUGACGUCUGUAACAUAACGACAGUUAUCCGAAGAGUCCGUUUGAAGGCGCAUAUUGAACAGUCUGCCAUCAUCUGGUUUUCUAUCGAAUGUGUUUUGAUUCACUUUGGCAAGAAACAUGAUCCCCAUCAUCCGCAAACAAAACAUGCCAUCCAUGGCAAUUUUUAGCCUGCUGUUAGCUCUCACUAUACAUCAGACUUUGACUGCUGAUGUUCUCCCCACUGCGGUCGCCCCUGAAACCAGCUCUCCUUCGGCUUCUCCUGCAACCCCCGGACCCCCUGAGCGAGGCAGCUAUAAUAUCACCAAUGCCACCGAUGCUGUCUGUCUCUUGGCACGGAUGGGACUGCAACUAAACAUUAGCUUCAUUUCGAGCUCUCAUGGCAAGACUGUCCAGGAGGUCUUGAACCUGCAUCCAAACCUGGUUAAAAUAUCUGGAUCCUGUGAUCCGGACAGUGCAACUCUCAUACUCAAUGAGGACAACAUUACUCUGACUUUCAGCUUCUCUCUCAAUUCCACAUCAAACAAGUAUCAUCUUAGUGGGCUGGAGUUAUCAGCUGCAUUGCCUGAUAUGACUAAGCGCAACACUUUCAGGAACACCACUCUAAACUACAUGGUGGGAACCCUGGGUCACUCUUACAUGUGUCAGAAGGAGAAGACCUUGAGCGUUACACAGGAGUUCUCUCUCAACACCUUCCAGCUUCAAGUGCAGCCUUUUGGUGUCAAUGGAGAUUUUGGAGCAGCUGAGGAGUGUGAGCUAGAUGAGGACGACAUGUUGAUUCCCAUUAUUGUGGGUGCUGCGUUGGCUGUUCUAGUGCUCAUCGUGAUCCUGGCCUACCUUAUUGGCAGGAACAGAAGUCAUGCAGGCUACCAGACCAUCUAACCUCAUUCUUCAAGCAGGAUGUGUAAGCACCACCGAUUUCUACUCUCAUCUGGACUCAACGACGCUACUACAAUUGAAACUGCCUAGUUUUUAACCCACCCUGCCCUCUGCUGGUGACUCACCUGCCACCUCUCAGGUGGACUUGCACUUCCUGGACUUUUUGUUGUAUUAUGUUAAACAUAGUAUAAUUAAUGCAUACUUAAGGAUGCAGGGCAGAAUCAAAUGUGUGUUUGAGGCUCUAGGUCGUGCUAAGGCAAUGUUUUCAGGAACCAGAUUAUGCUUAUCUAGGGGAAUGCCUGGUGUUUGUUGUUAUUUAGGUUUAAUCUGGAUUAGAAAGCAUAUGAUCUGUUUGGUACCUCAUAUUCUUAAAUUUAACUUUGUGCGCUUAUUUAUAUAAAUACACAGAUUUAUGGAAAACUGAUGAUGCUGUUAGCCUAAUAGGGACUAGAUAUUUACUUCCUGAUACAAGACAGCUUUUGAGAUUCAACAAAUUGGAGAAAGAUAAUCUUUUAAUACUGUUAAAGAAGCCUUGCAUAACAGUGUUGAGACAGAUGUCAAUUUGGUACUAAGUUUUAAUAAAGAGAAAUUCCACAUCUA